AUGACGACUGGGCUUGCGCGUGGCAGCAGUGGGAUAAAAUUUGUGCGAAUCGUUCCCGCAUCACAAAAAGCCAUGGAACGGCGAAAACUAUGGGUAUUUGCGGUCACUUUUAUAAGUUAUGGAUUGUAUCAUGCUUCUCGCAAAACUCUAGCCGGCGUUAAAUCUUCGGUAAAAAAGGAUUGGUUGGAAAAUACGACCGGCCGUCCAUUAUUUGAUACUGAUGGAGAGGCUAAGGCUUUUCUGGGAACAUUGGAUGCGAUUUUUAUGGGUGCUUAUGCAGCGGCUCUAUUCUUUUGGGGAUGGUUGGGCGAUCGAUUGAAUCCGAAAAAAGUCGUUGCUGCCGGAAUGAUCUCCAGUUCAAUAAUGCUUUUUCUUUUCGGAUAUGUACCGAAAAUGCUCGACUUUUAUUCUGUGCCCUGGUACGUCGUCACAUAUAUUGGAUUUGGUCUUCUUCAAGCUUGUGGUUGGCCCAGUGAAAUUGCCAUAAUGGCUAGUUGGUGGGGUGGUGCAAAUCGAGGCCUCGUGAUGGGUAUUUGGGCAGCCUGUCAGCCGCUUGGGAACAUUGUUGGUAGUAUCUUUACCGCCUUCAUUCUUCCAUUUGGAUAUGAGUAUACCUUUUUCUUCAACGCCGCUGUAACGUUUCUCUUCGCAUUUGUUGUCCUCUGGGGAAUUGACAGUAAACCACCUCAUUGCCUCGAAAAUGAUGUUGAAGGAAGAGCAACUGUGUCUCGAGCUUCCAGCAUAUCUGAGGAAGGUGAACCAAUCGGAAUUCUUCAAGCGUUAUUUUUGCCCGGAGUUCUUGCGUAUUGUUUAUGCAAUGCUUGUCUGAAAUUGGUCAACUAUGCUUUCUUCUUUUGGCUUCCAUUGUAUUUGACCGAGAACUACCAUUGGAAGGAAACUGAAGCCGAUCAGCUUUCAAUUUGGUACGACGUUGGAGGAAUUGUUGGCAGCGUUUUGGGAGGAUACAUUUCUGACCGGAUGGGUUGUAGGGCACCCACAAUUUCAACAAUGUUAAUCAUGUCACUUGGAGCACUUUGGAUUUAUGCACAGAUUGGUCCUCAUUUGUUCUGGAAUGGGCUAGUAAUGACAAUCGUCGGAAUCACAAUUUCUGGCCCGUACAACCUCAUUGUUGGAUCAAUUUCAAUCGAUCUCGGUAGUCAACCCGCACUCGCUGGAAAUUCUCAGGCCAUGUCCACCGUUUCUGGUCUUUUGGAUGGUACAGGCUCAGCUGGAUCUGCAAUCGGACAAGUCAUUAUUCCUGUUGUUCAGGAUACAAUUGGAUGGCAUGCUGUCUUCUAUCUAUUCAUUUCUCUGAAUGCUAUCUCGGUACUAUGCAUUGCGAAGAGAACGGUUUUGGAUGUGAAGCGCAUGUUCCGCGAUCGACGCCCCGAAGGAGCUCCGCUACUUCUUGAUCAAGAUAGCCAUGAAGAU